CUUCUUCUUCUUCUUCUUCUUCUUCUUCUUCUUCUUCUUCUCCUUCUCGUUCUUCUUGAGUUGAUUUAAAUGACCUGAUAUUGUGAAGAUGUUCCUCGGUGGUUGCUCCUCCUGGGCUUCUCGCUCCUUGAGUUACGAAGUGAGUGAGUGAAGGAGCUGACUAGCUGACUAGCUAGCUAGCUAGCAAGCGAGCGAGUUAUCAGUGAACUAUGGUCAGUGCAUGAACGAGCAUGGAUAAAUCAGGACCAACAACACCAACUUGGAAGUGACCUCCAAAUAAUAUUGGCCCAUCUUUUCGUUCAUACAUCUAUCCCAUACAUACACAAGCACACACACACAUACAAACACACACAUUCAUCCACUCGAGUGCCAUUGCAAAAAAGAUAACACACACUGAAAGACACAGUUAAUCAAGACAACAACCACGACACAGGUCUCGAAGUCUCCAAGUCGUUCUGAGCAUCCAUCCAUCCAUCCAUUCAUCCAUUAUUGCUAGAAUAAAUAGAUAAAUACAUGCUCUAAGAUGUCGCUCAACGAUGCCAAUCAUAAUGGUGGUGGCCAUAGAAGCCGACGAAACAGUCACAACAACAUCCCUGGACCCUCGUGCUCAUCUUCAGCUUCCUCCCCCCGUUCGGCCCACAAACAAGACAAGAGCGAUCCAUUGCAGAAUCAGUUGUGCCGGGUGUGCCACGAACCCGCUGCGGGCUACCACUUUGGAGCGUUCACUUGUGAAGGGUGCAAAUCUUUUUUCGGGCGAACUUGCAACAAUCAAUCCAUUGUUCAGGACUGCAAAAACAGCUUCAAAUGUGUGGUGGACAAAAAGAAUCGGACCGCGUGCAAGGCGUGUCGGCUGCGCAAAUGUCUCAUGGUAGGGAUGUCCAAAUCGGGUUCCCGGUAUGGGCGGAGGUCGAACUGGUUCAAGAUCCAUUGUCUCAUGCAACAGACUACCUCCAAGAAAGAGUCUAGCUCAAGUCAAGAGGGCGAGAAACAGCGUCCCUUGGAGGUACCCAUUUCCAAGACUGACCUUUCCUCGCCUAUGUCUUUUUCAUCUUCGCCGUCACCCUGUGUUCAGGACAAAUCACAACAACAAAGGCAACUAGUCACGCUGCCCCGGGAUCCCGUUACAGCCGGUGCAGGCUUAGCUUUAACCAGUCCAUUGCUCCUCGGGUCCAUUUUGGCGCAAUAUCAUCGUACUUGGCCGUUCCUGAAUUGGCCCCCAUUGAAAUUGGAAGGACUGGACAUACCGGGUUUGCCCCUGUCACCGUUUUCCGGCGAUCCCGGACCGGAGGAAGGCCCUAUGGACCUCACGAAGCCCGCACGUUCGGUGGUUAGCAAAGACGCUAAUGAGAAUGUGAUUCAUGAGUCUGAGGAAAAAAGUAAUCCGCGAAUUCUGGAUUUAACCAUCACUAAAACGGGCUCGUCAAAUUGAAAAGAAUUUUAAACUGAAAAUAAACGAAUGCGCGCCUCGUCCAUUUUGCAGCCUAUUCCUCGUUUUAAGUGCAUCAAAGAGCAGCUCUAAUGGGCCAUAAAUCCUCUGGUAAAGUUCAGUUAUAAAUCCCAUCUUCUUCUUGGACUUCUUCUCAGGUGGGAGCUAUGGGAU